AACGAUGGGACAUUAUCAAAGCAAAAAAAAUAUUUAAAACAAAUAUCUUCAAAGAAUAAGCUGAUUAUCGUUAAAGAUUCUCCAUUUAAAGAGGAUUUGUCAUCUGAUUCUAAAAUAUCUUCUGAUGAUGAGAUUAUGUGA